CUUCACAAACUCUUAUAUAUGGUACGCGAAGAGACGUAGUUAAGUCACAGUGAUUUUCUUACUGAAGGGAAAACAUGCUUCGGCUUCUGGUACUUGUUUCUCUAGUUGCUUGCAGCUUUGGAGCUGCCCCCCGCUUGAGACGUCCGCGUCUUGACGGUCGAAUUGUUGGUGGGGAAGAUGCAGAUAUUAAUGACUACCCGUAUCAGCUGUCUUUCGAAUACUCUGGAAGUCACAUGUGUGGCGCGUCUAUCAUCAGUGCUAUUUGGGUUGUGACAGCAGCUCAUUGUGUUGAUGGAGUUUCGCCUUCGUAUGCUCAAUUCCGUGCUGGAAGCAGUAUCAGGGGUACAGGUGGUUCCAUCCACCCAGCAGCUGAACUCAUUGCCAACCCAGAUUACGAUUACUACACAAUCGACUUCGACGUAGCUGUCGCCAGGGUGUCUGUCGCAUUCGACUUCGGUCCCGGUGUUCAGCCAAUACCUCUGACCGCUGCCGAGCCCUACGCAGGUCACAAUUCUGUGGUUACCGGCUGGGGAACCUUGUCUUCAGGAUCAUCGUCGCUGCCAACCACGUUGCAAGUGGUAGUGGUUCCUAUUGUAUCCCGUGAAGAGUGUAAUGAAGCGUACAUUGCUUACGGUGGAGUCACUGAGAACAUGAUCUGCGCUGCUGUGUCCGGUGGAGGCAAGGACGCCUGCCAAGGCGAUUCCGGAGGUCCUCUGGCUGUCGAUGGCGUACUGGCUGGACUUGUAUCCUGGGGAGUUGGCUGCGCAGAGCCACUAUAUCCCGGCGUGUACUCAAAUGUUGCAAGUCUUAGGAGUUUCAUCACUCGAGAAACUGGUGUCAAUUAGAACUUCUACAUGAACGCUUAUUAACACGACAGAACGUCUUUGAAAUGUACUUUACAAAAAUAAAUUAAAGUCGUGUAGUAUUGGAAGACAUUAUUGAUAACCUUGACUGGCAGUGAUGUCUUCUCUGGGCUGUUAUGCAUAAUACCUUGUGAGAAUAAGUAAAGUAUAAUAAAAAAUAUGUAUGUGUGACUUUACUUAAAAAUAACUGUAAAGUUUAAUAAACUGUAGAUCACAGAAAA